AUGAAUUAUUCGAAAAACUUCAAGCAGGUUUCUUCAAUCAAAUAUCCGUUCAAAUAUAUCAACAAAGGUCUAGAUAGAGCCACUGUUGCUAUUGUAGAAAACAGUAAUGAUGAGGUCACUAUUAAUGUUGUUGAUGAGAUAAAGCAAUAUUAUGAUUGUAGAUACCUUUCUGCAUAUAAAGCUUCAUGGCGUAUUUUUGGGUACGAUGUUCAUUACAAGACUCCUUUUGUUUUAAGACUUCCUUUCCAUCUUCCGGGACAACAACAAGUGGUGUUUGGUGCUGAAGAUGAUAUCGAAAAUGUCCUAAACAGACCAUCGGUGGCUUUCUCAAUGUUCUUAUCUUGGAUGAAUUGUAAUCAAAUUUAUCAAGAAGCACGAGAACUCACUUACGUUGAAUUCCCUACAAAGUUUGUAUGGAAAUUGGAGGAGCGAUGUUGGGAUCGAAGGAAAAAGGGCUUCUCAAUUGGACGAAUUCAUUCAGUUUCUCCUACUGUAGGAGAAGCAUGUUAUUUAAGAAUUAUUUUGAAUAAAGUGAAAGGUCCUAAAUCAUUCGAAGACAUUCGUAAUGUAAAUGGAAAAACAUUUCUUACUUUUAGAGAUGCAUGUUAUGCUCUUGGGCUUUUAGAUGAUGAUAAGGAAUAUAUUGAUGCCAUUGAAGAGGCAAAUUUAACCGUAUCUGGUUUUUAUCUACGCUUCUUAUUUGCAACCAUGUUGAUUUCAAACAGUCUAUCUAGACCUGAAUUUGUUUGGGAAAAAACAUGGCAAUACUUAGCAGAUGGCAUUCUGUACAAUCAACGAAUUUCUUUAAAAUCUCCAGAUUUAUCUCUCAAUGAAGAACAAGUGAAGAAUCUAACUUUGUUUGAAAUUGAAAAGAUUUUGCUCCAUAACAAUUCCACACUUAGAAACUUCACUACUCUGCCUUAUCCUAAUAAUGAUUGUCUUGAAUCUUCAAACAACCGUUUGAUUGCAGAAGAGAUGGAUUAUAACCAUCAUAAUUUACGUGAUGAGUUUCAGACGCUUGUAACUGCUCUAACAAAUGAGCAAAGAGGUGUGUAUAAUGAAAUCAUGACCGCUGUUGAAAAGAACAAUGGUGGUGUGUUUUUUGUUUAUGGGCAUGGCGAAAUAGGUAAAACAUUCCUAUGGAAGACAUUGGCUGCAUCAAUAAGAUCUAAAGGAGAAAUUGUUUUAAACAUCCCUUCCAGUGGUAUUGCUUCUUUACUUCUUACCGGUGGCAGAACGGCACACUCUCGCUUUCAAAUCCCUUUCAUUAUCAAUGAAGAUUCUUUUUGA